AUGGCUCCAGUUCUAAGCAGAAGCUUAGCUAGUUCUGCCUCUUUAGUCUCCCUUCCCUCUUCUAUUAGACAUCCAGCUAACAAAGUCGUCAAUCUGAGAAGUCGUUUUUUGCCACAAAAUAAUGGCCUCAAAAAGGGUUUUGUUUGUGCUGGCUUAAAUUGGAAACUUGAGAAGAGAAAUUGCCGGAUUUCGGUUCGGUGUGAGGCUGCUGUGGCCGAGAAGGAAGCUAAUGAUACUUCUGGCGAGAAGUUUGAGUACCAAGCUGAGGUUAGUCGACUAUUGGAUUUGAUAGUGCACAGUCUGUACAGCCACAAGGAAGUUUUCCUGAGAGAGCUUGUGAGUAAUGCAAGUGAUGCUUUAGACAAGUUAAGAUUCUUAAGUGUGACUGAACCCUCUUUGCUUGGGGAUGCUGGUGACCUUGAGAUACGCAUCAAACCUGAUCCAGACAAUGGCACCAUUACCAUAACGGAUACUGGCAUUGGGAUGACGAAAGAGGAGCUUGUCGACUGCCUUGGAACUAUUGCUCAGAGUGGUACUUCCAAAUUCCUGCAGGCUCUUAAGGAGAACAAAGAUGUUGGAGCAGACAAUGGUUUGAUCGGUCAAUUUGGUGUUGGUUUCUAUUCUGCUUUUCUUGUUGCUGAGAAGGUUGUGGUGUCUACAAAGAGCCCAAGGUCAGAUAAGCAAUAUGUUUGGGAAUCAGAAGCAGACAGUAGCUCAUAUGUCAUUAAGGAGGAAACUGAACCCGAAAAUCUCCUGCGCCGUGGAACUCAAAUCACACUUUAUUUAAAGGAAGAUGACAAGUAUGAAUUCUCAGAUCCGGUCAGAAUUCAGGGGUUGGUGAAGAAUUACUCUCAAUUUGUUGCUUUCCCCAUCUAUACAUGGGUAGAAAAAUCAAGGACUGUUGAGGUUGAAGAGGAGGAAGAACCAAAAGAAGGAGACGAGGUGCCAGAGGGUGAGAAGAAAAAGACAAAGAAAACUAAAACUGAGAAGUAUUGGGAUUGGGAAUUAGCCAAUGAAACAAAACCAAUUUGGAUGAGGAAUCCGAAGGAAGUUGAAAAGGAUGAAUAUCAGGAGUUCUACAAGAAGACAUUUAAUGAAUUCCUGGAACCACUUGCAUACACACACUUUACCACAGAGGGAGAAGUUGAGUUUAGGAGUGUUCUUUACAUUCCAGGAAUGGGGCCUCUUAACAAUGAGGAAGUAAUAAAUCCUAAAACAAAGAACAUUCGUUUAUAUGUGAAGCGGGUAUUUAUCUCUGAUGAUUUUGAUGGGGAGCUGUUUCCACGAUAUUUGAGCUUUGUGAGGGGUGUGGUGGACUCUGAUGAUCUCCCUCUAAAUGUUUCUCGAGAGAUUCUGCAAGAGAGUCGGAUUGUAAGGAUUAUGAGAAAAAGGCUAGUUAGGAAAACAUUUGACAUGAUACAAGAUCUUUCUGAAAGUGAAAACAAAGAGAACUUUGGCAGGUUUCUAAAGUUAGGAUGUAUUGAAGACACUGGUAAUCACAAGCGCAUAACUCCACUGUUGCGGUUCUACACUUCUAAAAGCGAGGAAGAACUCACAAGCUUAGAUGAGUAUGUUGAAAAUAUGGGAGAAAACCAGAAGGCUAUCUAUUACUUGGCAACAGACAGCUUGAAAAGUGCCAAGAGUGCACCUUUCUUGGAGAAGUUGGUUCAAAAAGACAUUGAGGUACUCUAUUUAAUAGAGCCAAUAGAUGAAGUCGCCAUCCAGAACCUGCAAACCUACAAGGAGAAGAAAUUUGUUGACAUCAGCAAGGAAGAUCUAGAGUUCGGUGAUGAUGAUGAGGUUAAAGAGAGGGAAUCUAAACAAGAAUACGAUCUCCUGUGUGAUUGGGUUAAGCAGCAACUUGGUGAAAAGGUGGCCAAAGUCCAAGUUUCAAAGCGUUUGAGCUCUUCUCCAUGUGUACUUGUCUCUGGCAAGUUUGGUUGGUCUGCCAACAUGGAAAGGCUGAUGAAAGCCCAAGCUCUUGGAGAUCAAUCUAGCUUGGAGUUCAUGAGGGGAAGGAGAAUACUGGAGAUUAAUCCAGAUCACCCAAUCAUUAAAGACUUAAAUGCCGCUUGCAAGAAUUCACCUGACAGCAGUGAUGCCAAGAGAGCUGUUGACCUCCUAUAUGACACAGCAUUGAUCUCCAGCGGAUUCACUCCUGACAGCCCAGCUGAGCUGGGUGGUAAAAUAUAUGAGAUGAUGGCCAUGGCACUUGGAGGGAGAUGGGGUAGAUCAGAAGGAGAUGAGACAGAGGCAGAGGCUGAGGCAGAUAAUGCUGCAGAAUCUGAUGCAACUGCCAGUGAGGCCUCAGAGCCACAAGUAAUUGAAGCAUCAGAAAUUGGUGUUUUACCACAAAAUGACAAAUUGGGAAAUCCUAGUUUUGGUGAUUUAACAAACCCUUUCGGUCUCUUCCCUUGUUUCCUCAAGGGGUAUGCAACAGCAGCUGCUGCAGAGGUGAUUUCUUCAACUGAUGAAUCAGACCUUUCUGGGUCUGACGAUUUUCAAGGACUAAAUGAGGAAGUUAACAAGCAUUUCCAGAAAAUGGAGUCACAAUUUAGGCCUCAAGAAAAGAAGAUGGUGGCUGGUAUGGGGAUUGGAAAGUAUGCUAUUCUUAAAAGGAGGCAGGUAAAGAUGGAGACAGAAGCAUGGGAACAGGCGGCGCAAGAGUAUCGGGAGAUGUUAGAGGACAUGUGUGAGCAGAAAUUGGCACCUAAUUUGCCAUAUGUAAAGUCUUUGUUUCUUGGUUGGUUUGAGCCUUUGAGGGAUGCAAUUGUUGAAGAGCAACAAUUGUGUAGGCAGAACUUGAGGGUUCCUCAUGGAGCCUAUUUUAAUCACUUGCCGGCUGAUAUGAUGGCAGUUAUCACCAUGCAUAAGUUGAUGGGGUUGUUGAUGACUGGUAAUGCUGGAACUGCCAGUGUUAGGGUGGUUCAAGCCGCAUCCGUUGUUGGCGAAGCAAUUGAGCAUGAGGCUAGGAUACACAAGUUUUUGGAGAAGACAAAGAAGAGGAAAAAUGUGAAAGACAAGGUAUCUGAAGUUGAGUCUGAUGCUGCUAUCGAUGAAGAACUAACUAAGGAUCAUGACAGACUGAGGAAAAAAGUAACUACACUGAUGAAAAAACAGAAGGUUCAGCAAGUAAGGCAAAUUGUGAAGCAUCAAGAUGAUUCAAUGCCUUGGGGUCAAGAAGCACAUGUUAAGGUUGGCUCUCGUCUGAUUCAAUUAAUGAUAGAAACUGCCUAUAUACAACCUCCGGUUGAUCAAAUAGGAGAUGGUCCGCCUGAUAUUCGCCCUGCAUUUGUCCAUACCCUUAAAACCAUCACAAAAGAUACACAGAAAAGCAGUAGGAGAUAUGGUGUUAUUGAGUGUGACCCACUUGUUCGCAAAGGCCUUGAGAAAUCUGCUAGGCACAUGGUCAUCCCUUAUAUGCCAAUGUUGGUGCCUCCUUUAAACUGGACAGGGUAUGACCAAGGUGCAUACUUAUUUUUACCAUCCUAUGUUAUGCGAAUCCAUGGAGCAAAACAACAACGUGACACAGUUAAAAGGGCUUCAAGGAAUCAAUUAGAGCCUGUUUUUAAGGCCCUGGAUACUCUUGGAAAUACCAAAUGGAGAAUAAAUAAAAGGGUUCUUGCUGUAGUUGAUAGAAUAUGGGCUAGUGGAGGCUGUCUUGCUGGCUUGGUUGACCGUGAAGAUGUUCCUUUGCCUGAGGAGCCUCAAACAGAAGAUGAAGCUGAAAUACGGAAAUGGAAGUGGAAAGUUAAAAGCAUUAAAAAGGAGAACAGUGAGCGACAUUCACAGCGUUGUGAUGCUGAACUAAAACUUGCAGUAGCUAGAAAGAUGAAGGAUGAGGAAGGCUUCUAUUACCCACACAACCUUGAUUUUCGCGGUCGUGCUUACCCCAUGCACCCGUAUUUGAAUCAUCUUGGCUCUGAUUUGUGCCGGGGAAUCCUGGAGUUUGCAGAGGGGCGACCUCUUGGGAAGUCUGGUUUACGCUGGCUGAAGAUACAUUUAGCAAAUCUGUAUGCUGGCGGUGUGGACAAGUUAUCCUAUGACGGACGAAUAUCAUUUACUGAGAAUCAUCUGGACGACAUCUUUGAUUCUGCUGACCGACCCCUUGAAGGACAACGGUGGUGGUUGGGUGCAGAGGAUCCUUUUCAAUGCUUGGCAGCAUGUAUUAAUCUAUCAGAAGCUUUGAGAAGCCCUUCUCCAGAGACCUCUAUUUCACAUACACCUGUGCACCAGGAUGGUUCGUGCAAUGGCUUGCAACACUAUGCUGCCCUUGGAAGGGACAAGUUGGGAGCAGCUGCAGUAAAUCUAGUUGGGGGAGAGAAACCUGCAGAUGUUUACACAGGAAUUGCAGCCAGAGUUCUUGAUAUCAUGCAAAGAGAUGCAGAAAAAGAUCCUGCAAUUGAUCGGAAUUCAGUUUAUGCUAAGCUUUUACUCAAUCAGGUGGACCGGAAGUUGGUGAAGCAGACAGUGAUGACAUCAGUGUAUGGGGUCACUUAUAUUGGUGCCCGUGACCAAAUCAAAAGGAGGUUAAAAGAGCGUUGUAACAUUGCAGAUGAUCCACAGCUGUAUUCUGCAGCCUGCUAUGGGGCAAAAAUCACCUUGUUGGCUUUAGAAGAGAUGUUUGAAGGUGCAAGAGGGAUUAUGGCUUGGCUUGGAGAAUGUGCAAAGGUGAUAGCUUCAGAGAAUCAGCCUGUGCAGUGGACCACUCCUCUCGGACUUCCUGUUGUACAGCCUUAUCGACAAUUGGGAAGGCAUCUUAUUAGGACUUCCCUUCAGGUGCUGACAUUACAAAGAGAAACUGAAAAGGUCAUGGUUAAGCGGCAAAGAACAGCUUUUCCUCCAAAUUUUGUCCACUCCCUUGAUGGUUCUCACAUGAUGAUGACGGCUGCUGCCUGCAAAGAGGCAGGUUUGAACUUUGCAGGGGUCCACGAUUCAUACUGGACACAUGCAUGCAACGUUGAUGAAAUGAACAGGAUACUCAGAGAAAAGUUUGUUGAACUCUACGAGGCACCAAUACUGGAGAAUGUAAAGUAUCUUUAA